GUUCCAUAUAUAUCUAGCAUUUGCUAUCAUUUAUAUGAGCAUUACAUUACCGAAUCAGGUAAGAUUUUUAAAACCAUACAAAGAAUUGUAUUAACUGAAACGAAUAAAACUACAUCAUUUACUUGCCACAAUAAGACAUGAGUAACAUUGCGUGAUAGAAAAUUGGGUUUCCCAUGUGAGGGAUCCCACUAAAAAAGUGAAUAGAUAUUGUGGAAUAGUAAUAUUGAAGAUCAUUGAUAUAGAAGAACCGAACUCAAGCAAUAAAGCUACACCGUACAACAUAACUGUUACACUCCACUAUAUAUAUGCCUUUUUGUAUGCUAACAUGGCUGUUAACCAGCUAACCUAUCAUUAGUAACUUUUGAGCUAUCAUUUUGUCAAAUGAUCACCAAAUGUCAAAUGAAGAUGUUGGUUAUCCAUCGGCCAUCGUUUUCAUAUCAGACUUAAAUGAUAAUAUCGCUGAGGACUUUGAAAUCGAAAGUACUCCAUCUGGAAUUGACGAUUCUUCAACUGCACCCAGACAAUCACCUAAUGUUUUCACUUUAAGUGAUAUCGACAUCUCUAGAUCGACCGGUGUUUCUACGUUUAGUGAUAUUGACAUCUGUAUUCCGACAUUUGUAUCUUCUUUGAGUAAUACUGAUAUUAGUCCGCCGGCGGUUGUUUCGACUAUUGGUAAUAUCGAUAACGACAAGCCUACAGUAGUUUCUACUUUGGGCGAUAUUGAACUCGGUUCAUCAAUACUGCUUUCCAACUCAAGUGAUAUACUUUUUGCAACCCCUAUUUUCGAAGACGAAGACCUUUUUUCUUCUGAAGAUGAAUACCCAUCAUGUCCCCGUCUCAGUGAUGACAGUCUAGCUAGAUAUGAUGACGAUGAUCUGGACCUUCUAACUGAGGUCAUUUCGAGUAAACCUGAAUAUUCGGAACAAACUGAAAUCGAGCAUUUUAAAAGUUUGUACAGUUCUGACAGUGAUUUUUUGUCCAGUUCUGUGCCAUCUAUUGGAAACAUUCCAAGAUUUGAAUAUAUAUCUAAACCCUUACACAAAAGCAAGAAACAAAAGACAAGUUCGUCUGAAACUGUUUGUUCGUUUAAAACACAAAUCGCGCUUCAUGAUAAGAUUGCUGCCCAGUCUGACGAAUUGAACAUUUACUCUGUGAAUAAGGACCCCGAAUCUGAGAUAGAGAUUGACACAGACAUUGAUGACGUAUUAGAGUUGCCUAGUUACAGUCCUUCUGCGAAUAGUACCACUUCAAGCGUUUCGAAUGGAAAUGAGAUAGACAAGCCACAAACGUACAGUGGAUCAGAAAAACAACUAAUUUCAUCAGAUUUGGAACCUGAUAAACAAUUGCAACCAGAUAAACCGAUGAAAGAAAUGCUGAUGAAAGAAUUGCAAUUUAAGAUCCAAUACAGGCGUAUGCUUAGUGGGGAACCAGAUAUCGUGCUUGAAAAUAAAGAUCCUAGAGAAUAUACGCUAACUCCUGAAGAAGAGGAGAAACGUGAUAGACGGAUGAAGUUGAACAGAAUAUCGGCACGCAGGGCACGAAGACGGCAGCGUGAUCGCGAAAGAACUUUGCUUCAAACUUGCAAACAAAGACAUCACACGUAUUUAGAACUGAAAAACAAACGUGACAUGUUGAAAAAAGAAAGGGAAGAGUUAACUAUGAAAUUCUGGCGUCACCUCCCAUUUUGCAAGUUAUCUUUAGAGAAAAAUGAAUAACAAAAAGGGUGUAUGUUGCACAUACUAUAGGUAGAUUAUUAACCUAAACAGCAUAAUCCGCAUGUGUAUGUGUAAUGCUUUUUCCUAUUUUAUUCAUCGCGAACAUCAAUUUUCUGACUUUGAUAAUGUUUAAAAAGCCAUGAAUAACAAUGGUUAUUAAAUUAUGUUGUUUUCUUGAAAUAUUGAUCCCGUAUCCACAUGUUCUAUGUACAUUCUUAAAUGUGUUACUCUGUUGGUUUUAAUACACUGCAAUUAUAUUGAAUUGACUUUGUUGAGUAUCACAGUUAAUAAACGAUAUAGGGCAAACUAUUAUUUUUAUAUAAAAAUGCUAUCACAAUUACUUUGCAUAUGUUUUGCUUGUAAUGUUUUGACGCGUGCAUUGUAUCCAACAUAUGGAUUAUACAUAACGUUAGACAAUUGAUUUAUUAAAAAUAUAUUAAGCUUAUCCAUAUUUUACCAUUGUAUCUUUAAAGUAUGAUGUUUUAAAAUACAAUAAAAAUUGUGAGAAAUUAUUCACCAAGUGUAACGUUUUUAUAUGCAUUUAUCGCUCUAAAAGUGUAAUUCCCAGUGUAUUCAUUUUUGUGUUAUGUGUGUACUUUUGCAAUGUGUCUCUUGCAUUUUUUUAACACGUUUUGUUUAGUUAUUGGUGUUAUCGUUCAAACGAGAUGAUGCGUUAUGUCUUAUAAUAUAAAUCUUACCUUGACACUUUAAUUAUCCAUCAAAUUAUGAACAUACACCAUUUUGUUAGUAAUACAUUUUCUCAAGUUAAGAAGGUUGUUUGUAU